CUCAAUACUCACUUUAUCGACUCCCAAAACACUCGACAGUGGCCGUGUUGCAGUCGGCAUCUAAGUGAGGUUAGCUUACUUUUUGUAUAAAAAUUACAGCUACAUCUUGAACGCACAAUUUUUCAAGAAUUAAGACCAAAGUCAUAUGCUUUCGUCACACCACAGUCCAACAUGGCGGCCACGUCUGUUUUCCACAGAGCGAGAACAGGUUCGAAAAUAGGAGCUCAAUAUGAUCAAGAGGGAAAUCUUAUUCAGGCUGAAACAAGGGAGGACGAGGAGCAGAGUGUCAAGCUAGCAGAAAUCCUGGAACUUCUUCUUGCUGCUGGAUAUUUCAGAGCCCGAAUAAAAGGACUGGGACCUUUUGACAAGGAGAAUUCAACUAUUGGACAGAAAAUCGCUCUCACAGAGAAGAUUGUGUCUGUUCUGCCCAAAAUGAAGUGCCCUUAUUGCCAGGAGCCUCAUCAGAUCCAAGGGCUGGAUUUCAUCCAUAUAUUUCCAGUGAUACAGUGGCUGAUGAAGAGGGCCAUAGAGACGAGGGAGGAGAUGGGAGACUAUGUGAGAGCCUAUUCUGUCUCUCAGUUCCAGAAGACACACAGCUUCCCUGAGGAUGAAGACUUCCUCCAGAGGAAGGAAAAUGCUGUGAAAGAUGUAUUGGAAGUGUAUAAACCUCAUAGGAAAUACAAGAGACAGGUUGAAGCAGGAUCCCUGUUGGACGAGGAGUACAGGGUUCACUCCACUCUAUUGGAGUACGGAAGACAGUAUGGAUUCAGCAAGCAGACAAAACAGGACCAGGCAGAGGACCGGAAAGCCUUGUUGAUGCCAGGCUCUCAGGCCACACCCCCAGGGAUUACAGAGGGGUCGCAGGAGGAGGAGGAGUACCUGCAGGCAGCGGAGCUGCGCAUCAAAACACUGAUGCCCAGCAUGGCUGCCAUGGGGAGGCUAACGGCUAGCACAGUGGGACAGAUAGUUGGGCUGCAGUCUGAGGAGAUGAAACAGAUAGCAUCUGAGUAUGCUGAGAAGUUGGAGAGGUCUGCAGAGGACCGUCCAGAGUGGUACGGGCCAAUCCAGCAGCACCGUAGGAUAGUGACCUCUCUGAACAAACAGAUCCAACAGAAGACCAAGCAGUUGGAGGAGCUACAAGCCAAACACUUGGGUGUAAAAUCAGGGUGUGUGGAAGCUAAGAGCAAACUGUUGGAGGCCACAGAGCAGACCGAGAGACUGGAGAAAGAGCUGAGUGCCCUUGAAGAGGCUGAGGGCCAGGCUGAUACUGGACUGUUGGAGAAGCUGAGGGCUCUGGUAGGCAUGAAUGAGAACCCGAAGCACCAAGAGCAGGAGUUCCAGACACAUUGUAGAAUGGUUCGCCUGCAGCAGAACAUUGAGGACCUGAAGAUGGAGUCAGGAGAUGAUACAGAGGAUGAGAAGGAGAGGAGUCAGCUAAUCGACAAGCAGUACAACACAGACAGAGAUAAGCUACAGAAGAUCAGACUGAUGAUGGCUUGGAGGAACCGUGAGAUCGCCAUCCUGCAGAGGAAGAUAGACGAGGUGCCGAGCAGGGCAGAACUGAACCAGUAUCAGAAGAGGUUCAUUGAGCUCUAUGGCCAAGUUUCAGCAACACAUAAGGAGACCAAGCAGUUCUUCACCUUGUAUUACACAUUAGAUGACAAGAAGGUGUACCUGGAGAAGGAGGUGAACUUGCUGAAUUCCAUCCAUGACAACUUCCAACAGUGA